AUGUCCGAUGGGCCAUUGUCAGCAGGUAUUCUUAGGUCAUUAACUGAUAAAGCAUAUGAAAGACGUAAGUCAGCUGCAAUAGACGUGGAAAAAAUUGCCCGUGACUUGUUCAAUCAAAACCAUCUCUCAGCUCUCGAUCGUCUAAUUGCUUGCCUUUCCGAUUUGGUUGUUUCCGGCAACUCAAAUCAAAGAAAAGGAGGACUUAUUGGACUUGCGGCUACCGCAAUUGGAUUAGGAAAUAAGAAUGCUUCACCGUACACUGAGAAGCUUCUAGCGCCAAUUAUACCUUGCUUUAUGGAUGCAGAUCUCCAAAUUCGUUAUUAUGCUUGCGAGUCUUUAUACAACGUGGCUAAAAUCUGUCGAACCGACGUCCUCGAUCACUUUGACGAUAUUUUCGAUGCUCUUUGGCGCGUUACAGCAGAUACAGACCAAAAUGUUCGCGGCGGUGCUGAACUUUUAGAUCGCCUAAUUAUGGAUAUCGUACUUUCUAAAGAAGAUUUUGAUAUUUCCAUUCUAAUGACAUUAAUCUGCGAUCGAAUUUACACGCAAACAAGUUCAAAUCGAAGAUUUAUUAUGCAAUGGCUAAAUACUAUCAAUUCUGCCCCAUACUUCUCAGUGGUCCCAUAUUUGGCUCAAAUAACAGACGGUCUUUUGAAAAUGCUCUCAGAUCAAACAGAAGCGACACGAGAGCUUUGCUCAAAAGUGCUUGCCAAUUUCUUUUUGGCAGUGAAAAGCAAACCGGAAGCUCUUCCUCCAAUGGAUCGUAUUCAAAUGGUAAACGUUCUCGUGGUUCAUGCUCACGAAAAUGAGCCAAUGAUGGCAAGAAAGAUCUCACUCAAUUGGCUCGACGAGUUUUUAAACUUAUAUAAACACGAACUUCUGCCAAUGCUUUCCUCAUUUCUCGCCGGAAUUUUGCCUUCAAUCGAUCAGCACGAACUAAAAGCGGACACUGUCAAUCGGCAUUUGAUGGCAUUGGUCGACGAGAAAAAGCUUGAGCAAGAAAAUUUGGAUAAUGCCAUUGAGGUUUUAUUAAAGUAUAUUCGUCAUGAGAAGGUUGAAACUCGGGUAACGGUGCUUAAUUGGAUUCGUCAUUUGCACGGUUCGAUGUCCGCUGAAAUUUUUGUGCAUAUGGAUGUGAUAUUUCCGGUCCUUUUGAAUACACUUUCCGACACUUCUGAUGAGGUCCUUCUUCUUGACUUAUUUCUAAUUUCGAACAUUUGCCAAUCAGAAUUCGCUCCAAACAAGGUCGAUGUCGCCGCGUUUGGUCUCGACGCGAAUUCAUUGCGACAAAUUUCAUUUAUCUCGCCAUUUCUUGUUAAAUUCGCAUUAAGCCUUUUGGAAAUGUUCCGCGCUGAUCCGUCACUUCUCAAUGAUCGCGGUGUACUAAUAAUUAGACAAUUAUGCCUCCUUCUCGAACCGGCGCAUAUAUAUCGCACAAUUUGUGUACUGCUGGAACGCGAAACGAAGCACAUAUUUGCGCAAAGCAUGGUUUCGACGUUGCACGGAGUUCUUCUAACAGCCACCGAGCUCUUCAUUUUAAGAGAUGAGCUGAGACAGCUCAAAACUACGGAAUCGAAAGAAUUAUUCGAAAUAAUGUUUCGCGUCUGGUCAAAUCGGCCAAUUGCCCUACUCGGCCUCUGCUUAUUGUCUCAACAUUAUAAGGAAGCUUCCGAUAUCGCCUUACUACUUUCUCAAAUCGAUAUAACAUCCGACGUCCUAAUUGAAAUUGAUAAACUUGUCAAUCUAAUCGAAAGCCCAAUUUUAGCGUAUGUCCGUAUGGAUCUUCUAUCAUCUCACCAUCGCAAGCCGUUAUGCACAGUCCUAUCCGCACUUUUAAUGCUUCUGCCACAAUCGGAGGCAUUUCUAACACUUCAUAAGCGCCUUCAAGCGGUUCCAGCAUUGGUUUCGAUCGACGAUUCCGAAUACGCUCCAAAGACGCCUCCACAUCGAAUCGACUUCGAUAAUCUGAUGAAACACUUCUCUGGCGCGUUGGCCAGACGACAAUCGGAAGUUCGAAGCCGUCAUCGCGAUCUUCUAACAUCGGUCGUCGGUCAAAUGAACAACAUGAAGAUCUAG